CGGGUUUCGUUGUGGCUGUGCGAGCAACGUUUUGAGGGGCAUGGAGGGGAUCGCCUGUGCCUAAUGUGCCCAAGUUGAUCUCAUUUAAUACCUGCCAAACUUCCCGUCGCCUGGUCAUUUCGUGUCUAUAUAUAAUGUCCAUAUACCCUCGGGCGGCUAGUUCCCAACCAAGAUGAGUUUUGGAUUUAGCGUCGGCGAUUUCCUGACAACAGUCCAACUCGCUAAAAAGGUCAGAAGGGAGUUUGUGGAUGCUCCGACUCAAUUCCAAGCUAUAUCUGACGAGGCACGAAAUCUUUCCAUCGUUCUCGACGAUAUCGAAAUUGAACUAUCCAGCCCCCGGGUUUCUAGCAAACAGAAAGCCGACCUGAAGGACAUUUGCAAGAGUUGCCGCCGUGUUUUUGAAGACAUCCGAAAGACAUUGGACAAGUAUAGAUGCCUAGAGUCAAGUCCAAAACGCACCAGAGACGCCGCGAAGAAAUUAUGGAAGCGAGUAAACUGGGAACCCGAGGAUAUUUGCGACCUCAGGAGACGAGUUAUCUUGAAUAUUGAACUCUUGAAUGCAUGGAGGCAGAAAGUCAUCCAUGAUGGGGUGGUGCAGUUGGUGCAGUUGGUGAAGAGACAAAAGGAUCAGCGGCGUCAGGAUGUCCUCAAGUGGCUCUCGCCACUCGACUAUGCUUCCCAACAGGCUGACUUCCUAAGUCGAAGGCAGCCGGGGACUGGAAAAUGGUUUCUCGAAUCGCCGGAAUACAAGGUAUGGGUGGAAGAAGGCCGUAAAACUCUGUUCUGCCCGGGGAUUCCUGGCGCAGGAAAGACAAUCCUCACUUCAGCCGUAAUUGAUGACCUCAUGUCUCGGUUGCGUAACGACCCGACUAUCGGUAUGGCGUAUAUCUACUUCAACUUUCGAGAAAGCAAAGAGAAGACUGGAAUCGACCUAAUCUUGAGUUUGCUUCGGCAACUCGCCCAGUGGCAGACGCCUCUCCCAAGCGCCGUCCAGGACAUGUAUGAUCGACAACAAAACAACAAAACGCGACCGUCAAUGGACGAGGCUUCGCAAUCAUUAAGAUCCGUUGCCAGUCUCUAUACGAGAGUAUUCGUCGUCGUGGAUGCGCUUGAUGAGUGCGAAUCGUCGAGUUCCUGCCGAGACAGUUUUCUGUCAACAAUAUUUCACUUGCAGAGACACCAAAGAGUUAACAUUAUGGCGACGUCGAGGUUUAUUCCUUUAAUUGUGAGAGAAUUCAAAGAGAGUAUGAUGGUGAAGAUCCGUGCAAACGAGGAGGAUGUGAAAAUAUACGUACGGCACCGUAUCAGAGAGCUACGAGACUUCGUUCAACGCAAUCCGCAGUUACAAGAGGAGAUCGUUCCUGCUGGCACAGUUGCAUUUGGAUAUCCUUCGUGCUAAAAUGACACCGAAAGCGAUCCGUGCCACGUUAGAGGACCUUCGAAACCGAAGCCAACGGCCAGGCGGAG